GACGCUUCCCCGCGGAGGGCGCCUGUGCGGAGUGUCGGCUGGUUCCUGUGGGGCGAGUAGCGUUCCGUUCCUUUCCCUCGCUGCUUUGUCUGUGCAGCACUGCCAGCCCCUUCGCCGCCAAGAUGCCGCGGAUUAUGAUAAAAGGCGGUGUGUGGCGGAACACUGAGGAUGAAAUUUUGAAAGCAGCUGUGAUGAAAUAUGGCAAAAACCAGUGGUCUCGUAUUGCAUCUUUAUUGCAUAGAAAAUCAGCAAAGCAGUGCAAAGCCAGAUGGUAUGAAUGGCUAGACCCAAGCAUCAAAAAGACAGAGUGGUCACGGGAAGAGGAGGAGAAACUCUUGCACCUGGCCAAGCUAAUGCCAACCCAGUGGAGAACCAUUGCCCCAAUUAUUGGGAGAACUGCUGCACAGUGUUUGGAGCACUAUGAAUUUCUUCUGGACAAAGCUGCUCAAAGAGACAAUGAGGAAGAAACUGCUGAUGAUCCUCGGAAACUUAAACCUGGAGAAAUUGAUCCAAAUCCAGAAACUAAACCAGCCAGGCCAGAUCCUAUUGACAUGGAUGAGGAUGAACUUGAAAUGCUGUCUGAAGCUAGAGCUCGUCUGGCUAAUACACAGGGAAAGAAGGCCAAAAGGAAAGCAAGAGAGAAGCAGCUGGAGGAAGCUAGACGGCUUGCUGCUCUCCAGAAAAGACGAGAACUUCGGGCUGCUGGAAUUGAAAUUCAGAAGAAAAGAAAAAAGAAGAGAGGUGUGGAUUAUAAUGCAGAAAUUCCAUUUGAAAAGAAGCCUGCCCCUGGCUUUUAUGACACAUCAGAGGAAAACUACCAGUCUCUGGAUGCAGAUUUCAGAAAGCUACGUCAGCAAGACCUGGAUGGAGAAUUAAGAUCUGAAAGGGAGGGAAGAGAGCGCAAAAAAGACAAACAACAUAUGAAACGAAAAAAAGAGUCAGACUUACCUUCAGCUAUUCUACAGACCAGUGGAGUGUCAGAAUUUACCAAAAAAAGAAGUAAGCUGGUGCUUCCAGCUCCUCAGAUAUCUGAUACAGAACUUGAAGAAGUCGUGAAAGUAGGCCAGGCGAGUGAGAUUGCACGCCAAACUGCUGAGGAAUCUGGAAUUACAAAUUCAGCUUCCAGCACUCUUCUCUCUGAAUAUAGUGUGACCAACAACAACAUAGCACUAAGGACUCCCAGAACUCCUGCAGCGCAAGACAGGAUCCUGCAGGAAGCCCAGAAUCUGAUGGCUCUCACAAAUGUGGAUACCCCCCUGAAAGGAGGACUUAACACUCCCUUGCAUGAAAGUGACUUUUCAGGGGUAACACCGCAGAAACAGGUUAUCCAAACUCCAAAUACUGUGCUUUCCACACCCUUCAGGACACCUCAUGGACAAGAAGGCUUAACUCCUCGUGGAGGGCUAACUCCUAAACCUGUGCUUGGUACAACUCCUGGUAGAACUCCACUACGUGAUAAACUGAACAUCAACCCAGAAGAAGGAAUGGCAGAUUACAGUGACCCAUCUUAUGCAAAACAAAUGGAGAGAGAGUCUCGUGAACACUUGCGCCUUGGACUCAUGGCCCUUCCUGCUCCAAAGAAUGACUUUGAGAUUGUUUUACCUGAAAAUGCGGAAAAGGAACUUGAGGAACAUGAAAUAGAUGAAACCUUUGUAGAGGACACUGCUGAUAUAGAUGCCCGCAAGCAGGCUCUCCGAGAGGCAGAACGUGCAAAAGAACUGAAGAGAAUGCACAAAGCUGUUCAGAAGAAUCUACCACGGCCUUCUGAAGUUAAUGAAACAAUAUUGAGACCCUUAAAUGUGGAACCACCUCUAACAGACUUGCAGAAAAGUGAAGAGCUAAUAAAGAAAGAAAUGAUUACUAUGCUUCAUUUUGAUCUUUUACACCACCCAUUUGGAGAGCAGCCUAGUGGUAAGAAGGGGAAAGGCCCGGGAUUUGGAAGCAACAAUGCAGAACAUAUGGCUUACUUGGAACAAAAUCCUUAUGAGAAGUUCUCCAAAGAGGACCUCAAGAAGGCACAGGAUCUACUGGCACAAGAGAUGGAAGUGGUAAAGCAAGGAAUGGGGCACGGAGAGCUCUCAAGUGAAGCUUAUAACCAGGUGUGGGAAGAAUGUUACAGUCAAGUGUUAUACCUGCCUGGACAGAGUCGCUACACAAGAGCUAACUUGGCCAGCAAAAAAGACAGGAUAGAGUCUCUUGAAAAGAGGCUUGAGAUAAACAGAGGUCACAUGACAACUGAAGCAAAGAGGGCUGCCAAGAUGGAGAAAAAGCUGAAGAUCUUGCUUGGUGGUUAUCAGUCUCGGGCAAUGGGCCUCAUUAAGCAAUUGAAUGAUUUAUGGGACCAAAUUGAACAGGCACAUCUGGAGCUACGUACGUUCGAGGAACUGAAGAAACAUGAAGAUGCUGCAAUCCCUCGGAGACUGGAGUGUCUGAAGGAAGAUGUGCAACGACAGCAGGAGAGAGAAAAGGAGCUCCAGCAGAGAUUUGCUGACUUCAUGUUGGAUAAAGAGACAUUUCAAGCAAAGUAUUAAAGCGCAAAAUUCUGUUCGUCGCUGAUGUAACAUUUUUAAGAUGUACAGAUCCAGCAGCUCUUCCCUACUGUACUGCAGAAAUCAAAUGUAGUCUGCUCUUUGCAUCUUGUCAAGUUUUGUUCAUUUAAUGGACUAUUCAAAAUGCUCUAUGUAUGAAUGGCUUUGGCCAAAAUUAAAAAUUGAAUUGAAAUGGCCAAAAUUUUAUUAAAAAGAAACAACAAA